AUGAGUCCCACGGACAUAAAUUGGGGAAUUUUGGGAAUUUUGGGGAAUUUUUGGGGAAUUUCCUUAACAUUUCUCGGGCGGGACGGCUUCGUCUCGUUCCACACCAGCCGCUACCGCCUCCAUUACCUGGAGACGCCGUCGGGGCUGCGCCUGGCGCUCAACACCGACCUGGGCGUGCCCAGCGCCCGCGAGGCCCUGCAGCACAUCUACGGCAACCUUUUUGUGGAGCUGGUGGUGAAGAAUCCGCUGUGCCCCCCCCGGGCCCCCAUCCAGAGCCUCCUGUUCCGGCAGCGCCUCGACGCCUUCGUGCGCAGCCUGCCCUACUUCGGGCCCCGGAACCCCAACAACUGAGCCCAGAUCGGGGAAAUCCACCCCAAAAAUGGGAUCGGCCACCCCAAAAACCCCAAAAUUGGGAUCUGCGACCCCAAAAAUCCCAAAAUUGGGAUCAACGGCCCCAAAAACACCAAAAUUGGGAUCGGCGACCCCAAAAAACCCCAAAAAUGGGAUCAGUGACCCCAAAAUUGGGAUCUGCGACCCCAAAAACCCCAAAAAUGGGAUCAGUGACCCCAAAAAUGGGAUCGGCCACCCCCAAAAACCCCAAAAUUGGGAUCUGCCACCCCAAAAACCCCAAAAUUGGGAUCAAUGGCCCCAAAAA